AUGGACUACUCGGCCAUUUCCCACGAUCCAGACCACCCUGCGGACGCUGACCCCUGGGGAUCUCCCCGCCCCGACCGAACCACGUUCCCCACCUCCGUCAAUAGCGACAUACCAUCGUCGCCAUUGUCUGGCAGCGAGCACCCAGCCGGGGGCGCAGACGGAAACAAUGCAGUGCCCCAGUCCCCAGACUUGUCUGCACAGCUACAGAAUGCACAACUAAACGAUCCCAAUCAGCCCGCUGCGACGGCACAGCAAUCGCCCUCGGUGGAACAGCAGCGCUCCCAGGUGCCUGCACGCUACCAGACCGGACUCAGGCAGGCGCAACCACAGCAGCAACCUCGCCCAGCUUAUAAACUCCAGGCCAAGAUCACUGGGCUCGAGAGGACUGGCAAGAAGGACCCUAUCCUUCGCUUUGACGUUCAUACCAAUAUUCCCAAGUUCCGCACAACUCAAUACCGCGAUGUCCGCCGAACCCAUUCUGAAUUCAUGAAAUUUGCCGACCACUUGAUCUCGGCCAACCCCGAAGCUCUUGUGCCCGCCGUCCCGCCGCCAGUCACCCCGGCUGGUGCUGGGACCGACGAAGAUGAGGUUCGCGUCAAGUCCUCGAUGCAACGUUGGCUGAACAUCGUGUUCGGCAAUGAGGCUCUUAUUCAUGAUCCCGAGAUAGUCUUGUUUGUGGAGAGCGAUUUUGGCUACAGCCCCGUCGUUCGCUUGAAGCAGCCAGCUACUGGUGUGCGACGUAAGAUGCUGAAGCAGUUUGCGCCUCCUCCUGAUGACACCCCGGAGCUGCAGGCUGCCCGUCCCACAGUCAAGAUGUUCUAUUUGGGAGCAAUGGAUGCUAGUCAUAAAGUAGAUCGAGUUGUCAAAGGCCGACGAGGUCUUGGACUUGCUGAAUCCGAUUUCGGUGUCAAGAUAGGCCAAAUGCACGUGCAAGAAACCCAUCCUGGCUUGAGCCUGGCAUACCGCAAACUGGGUAAGAUUAUCCAGACGGUUGGUGACUAUCACGCUAUUCAAGCCACAGCCGAAGCUACAACACUCGGAGAACCUUUGAGCUAUCAUUCUGCAGACGCGUUCAUCGUAAAGGAGACAUUAACCAAUCGUCACAUCCUGCUUCGAGAACUUAUCCAGGCCCAGCAGAACGCCCAAAGCAAGCGUGCCGCGGCAGACCGUUUGAAAGUGAGCUCCUCAGUUCGACCUGAAAAGGUCGAUGAGGCUAUUAAUGCUCUCGAGGAGGCACAGAGCCAAGAGGAUUACUUGACCAAGCGCACCCAGCGUGUCACAAACAACUUACUGCAAGAGAAGCGUCGCUGGUUCGACCGAACUACUACAGACGUGCUUUUUAGUCUCCGCGAAUAUACCUUGCGCCAAAUCGAAGCUGAGCGACGAACCUUGGCGACUCUUGAGAGCGUGCGUCCGGAUAUUCGUGCCAUCGAUGCCUCCGGCGGGCUGAGUCGCCUGGGCCGCGAGGCACACCCCGCCGUGCGCCGCCAUAACCUUUCGUCAAGCCAAGGACCCAAAGGUGAUUCCUGGAGCGGUGUCCCUCGUCGUGUUGACACUGCAAGCCGUAGCUUGAGUGGUAGCUUUACAAGCCCCGUGGAGGAUGAAGUGGCCGAGAAUGAUCAAGAGUCUGCCACCGGGCGUAAUCGUUCCACUAGCCAGGCGGACUCGAUUGCUGAAGAUGACGAUGACCGCUUGGACGCGCGCAAUGCUGCAAGCCGACUGGCUACGAGCACUUUCUAA